CAGUGUUCCAGUAGUAUCGACCUUCGUCAACCCGAGAAAAACCGGUCGGCGCAGUGUAGCACUACCACCACCAACAACUUAGAAGGUGCUACUCCUGCCCCAACUUCAUCCGUAGCUCCUUCUAAUGCGCUCACCACAAAUAGAUACAUUUGUUGUCAUUGUAGUUUUAAUAACAGACCCAUCAUCUGGUGGGUAUCCUGUCCACGGCUGUCUUCCAUCGCAUCGUCAACGAAAUUAGAUACAAAACCAAGUGUAUCCCAUUUGGACUUGCGUCAGCUGUACAAGCCCACCGCCACCGCCAUGAAUAAUUUCUAUAAUUCUUACAACGCCUAUAACCAGCAGCAUCAUUUGCAUCAAGCGGAUGAUACAGUGCUGCCUGCCACAGUUCCCCUGCCGCCCACAUCGCAUUUGCGGAGACAGGCAGCGGCAGCGUCAAGACCGCCGAGCUUUGGCAAUGGCAACCUAUCCAACCAGCACUCCCAAUCAAUCACAGCCUUAUGCAAUGUUUUCGAUAAUUAUUACGGGAAUAGCUUUACGUGUCAAUGUCAUGGAAGUUUAGGUACCCCCAAAGUCCGCUCGGAUCAGUGGUUCGAGGAACAGCAGAAGCCCAGGGAGCUGCCAAUGCCACCCAGCUGCUAUUCAGGAUAUGAACGAGGGAAUAGACUGACUGAUGAUGAGGACUCGACAUUUCCAGCGGGCCUCCUUGACCGGGAAUUCCACAUGCUGCAUAGGAACAUUCCGGCUUUGCGAAGGUCUGGCGUCGAUAUUACCACAAUUCGACAGCAUUUUUAUCCGGACGGUGGCUGGGGAUGGAUUAUUUGUGGGCUUUCGUUUUUAGCCCACGUUUUGACCUCAGGAUUGCAGCUCUCCUAUGGAUUGCUGCUCUUCUAUGCCACUCAGCAUUUUGGUAACAAAAGCGAAAUAGAUUGGUUAGGAGCGUUAAGCUGGUCUGUAUCGACAAUUGCUAUUCCAGUUGUAAUAGCUUUUUGCAGAAAGAAAUCGACUCGGCUUUUGGCUGUCAUUGGAGGGUUGGUGCUGCCGUUGGGUGUUCUUUUCACAUCGUUUGCUACCCAACUUGGUCAAAUGUCUUUUAGUUAUGGUGUCUUAAUAGGGCUUGGAGUCUCAAUGGUACGAGAAUCGUCGAUCAUAAUGAUUGGAAAUUAUUUCAAAAAACGUCGACAGUUUGUCGAAAUGGUUGCCAUGUCGGGAGAGGGAGUUGGUUUGGCCCUAUUUUCAGUAAUCCUUAAAGAGGGUGUGGGGAAAAUGGGUUGGAGACUUGGAUUGCAAGUAAUAGCUGCAAUGGUGUCUAUUAGCUUUUUCAUGGGUCUAUUGUAUAGACCGGCUUCGCUUUAUCAUCCACAGCGGAGAGCUAUUCAACAUCUUAAAAAUCAAAGGAAAAAAGUUAAGGAAAAAAAGACAACAGUUCAAAGUCCAAAGAAAAGUUUCAUAGAUCUCGUUCCAGCAAGAUCAACGACAGUUAGAGUACUUAUUAUAACUUCAGCUGUAUCAGCGCUGGGAAUUUAUGCUCCAAUAUUUUCAAUGUCACUGCAUGCUGCCAAAGAAGGUUGUGACAUCCAAGACUUGGUGCUACUACAAACAUUCCUUGGCUUAUCAACAACGUUGGGAGUCGUUAUAGCCGGAUCAAUUAUAAAAAGAUCUUGCAGAAUAAAUAAUACUUUUAUUUCGGUGCAAAUCGUUUCUCAGGCUUCACUGUUGACUGUGGCGGUUUCAAUACUUUUCCUUUCUUUUGUCCUCGGUUUUCGGCCUCUAUGUGUGCUCUGUUGGAUAUAUGGCAUUGGAUUUGGAGGUUUUCGAUAUUCAUUGAAAAUGUUGGCUCUGCAACGAGUAAAGGCUAAAUAUUUUACAAAAGCAUGGGGCCUUAUAAGAGGAGCCGAAUCAUUGCCUGUGAUUAUAAGUGUGCCAUUGACUAUGUUUUUGAAUGAUUACUCCCUGAAAUAUGGUCGAGCUGGAUACUUUAUCUGUUCAGCAGCAGCUGCCAUUGGUGUUGUUUUAAUAUUUUUCGUUGGCUAUUCGAGCACUAGACAAGGAAUUUCAAUGAAAAGUUGCAACAAUGGCACCCUAAGGUCACAAUACUCCACUGCCAAUAGUAACUUUACUCCAGACCUACUCAAUCGAAGUUACCUAAACUUACCUGCUGCUGCUGCCGCUGGUGUCGUUGGUGGUGCCGGUGGUGGUGGCGGUGGCGGUGGCGGUUGCAAAUAUAUGGGACAAUGCGGCUGUCAAGCCUGCUUGAGCCUCGUGCAGCAGAGGAGCUGCUAUAAUUGUCACCAAGUACCUAAUAUUCCUCCCAGAUGUCAUGCUGCUGGAACUAGUCAUUUUAAUCCCUAUACAAACUCGUAUUGCUUUAACGAAAGCAUGAUGUGUCCCCAGAAGUACAAUGCUCUGCGGGAAAACCAAGCUCGAUGCCGAAAAUAUACCUUCGGAUCGGGCAGCAUUGGGGCCAACAUGGGAAGAAAGCUUCAGAAGAGUUUCUCCUUUGUCAGUAAUCCAUGUACUGCUACGUGUGUUUGCACAUAUCCUGAGCAAUAUUGUUUGCCAUGUACUCCUAAAAGACCAAAACAAGCUUUACAUCCAAGUUCAUUUACUCGAAACUAUGGCGGUGCUGGAUCGUUGUGUCAUUCAUCAAAAAGUCGCAGUGUUCCCGAAGGCUUAUCAACUUUUUCUCAGGCUUGCCGAUGCCCAGCAAUGCAUUGCCAAACAUAUAACGUUCAACGCCAACGAUCACAAUCUCUGUCGAAGCCACUUCAUUUUGUCGAACAAAUAACGACUUCUGUCUGACCCAUAGUAAAAUAUGAAUAGAAUCAAUGUUAGGAAUUUUUAUGUAGAACCUUUUAAUAAAAUACAUUUAUUAAAUUAAAAAAAAAAAAUGAAAACCCCCUCCUUAACCCGACCCCACCCUUUAAACGCCAUCCAAAGAUUCAAGGAUUCCUUUUAGAGAAGUAAUCCUAUUUUAUGGAAUAAAAUAAAUUAAAAUUAAUAAAUGGAAGUUUAAAAACGAACGAUAUACACAAAUUGUGUUCACCAAUAUCAGGCAUAUCGAAAAGUUCAAGUAUUAGAAUGUAUUGUAUAUAAAAGCUCGAUAUAGGAUUUUUAUAUAAUAUAUUAUGUAUAAUAGGAGCUAAAUCAAUGUUAAUCUAAUCAAUUUCUU